AUGACCUCUCCAGAGCCUCAACCGCCAGAGGAGUCGCCACCCUCCAACGUUGCCCCAGCGGAAGAGAUCGACGACCUCAAGACCCUCAAGUACCAUCUACUUGGGCCUUCACUCACCAAGGCCGGCCUGGAUAAAGUGGACCAAGGCAAGGUCUCGGAGAUCAUCUACAACGCCUCUAAAGGCUCCAAGUUCUUCGACCGCGAAGAAGUUCGUGACAAAGUCCUGACCCACAAGAUCGAGCAAAUAAUAUCCAGGAAGUCACACCUCGAAAAGCAAGAUUUGACCCGAGAACUCCGGAAUGCCGAUCGAUUGAUCUCAGAGUUUGAGGUCUCCAGAGACUUGACCCAGCACAUUGUUCACGUCGAUUGCGAUGCCUUCUACGCAGCUGUGGAGCUGCUGGAUCGACCAGAGCUGAAAGAUCUACCGUUUGCUGUGGGAGGUGGGGUUUUAACGACCUGCAACUACGUGGCUCGUCAAUAUGGCUGUCGAUCUGGCAUGGCCUCCUUCGUGGCCAAGAAAUUAUGCCCGGAACUCAUUUUCAUCAAACUCAACUUUGACAAGUACAAUGCCAAGGCGCAAGAAGUGAGAGAAGUUUUUGUCAAUUAUGACCCCCGGUUUGAGAGUGCUAGCAUCGACGAAGCCUAUCUCAACAUUACAGAAUACUGUCAAGAAAAGGACAUCGAUCCUGCCGAAGCGGUGGAGCAAAUGAGAAGAGAAGUCCAUGAAAGGGCCAAAAUCACGGUGUCGGCUGGCAUCGCGGCGAAUGCCAAGUUGGCAAAAAUCUGUUCCAAUAUGAAUAAGCCCAAUGGGCAGUAUGUACUACCCAGCGAUCGUGGUGCGAUCAUGACCUUCAUGAGGGAUCUGCCCACCCGCAAGGUAAACGGCAUCGGUAGAGUUCUCGAACGGGAGCUGUUGGAGAUUGGAAUCAAGACAUGCGGCGACAUCUACGAGCAGAGACAGUUCUUGAACCGGCUCUUCGGCGAAAAGACUUCCACAUUCCUGUUCCGUUGCUACCUUGGCCUCGGCCGCACUAAAAUCCAACCCGCUGAGGAGUACGAACGUAAGAGCGUCGGCACUGAAAGCACCUUCCGGGAGAUGUCCGAACCCGCCAAGUUCAGAGAAAAGCUUCGCUGGACCGCCGAUGAACUCGAGAAAGACCUGAAGCGUGCAGAGUGCAAGGGUCGCACCCUCUGCCUCAAAGUGAAGCUACAUACAUUUGAAGUUUUCACCCGCCAGGUCGUUGUUCCUCGAGCCAUCCACCUCUCGGAUGACUUAUACAACUAUGCCCUACCCAUUCUCACGAAGCUCGAGCAAGACAUGCCAGGUCUGAAACUGCGGCUCAUGGGCCUCCGGCUCACGCACCUCGUCAGCACAAAAAAGCCAGACACCAUGAAGUUCUUCGGGUUCAGAAGUCAAAAAAACGAGUCUGGGGAUCAAUCGGAUAGCAGUCUCAAGAGAAAGGCCAUUGACGAUGACGGAGAGUGGGAGCAGUGGCCAGAAGAUGAAUUUCAGGAUUAUGGCCUCCCUGACGACCUACCCAGCCAUCCUGAGGACAUGGGCGACGGCUCUCCAAAUCGUAGGCACGGCAAAGAGAUCGUACCUAAUCCCACAGUGGAGAACCUACCUCCGGAGGAAUUGUGGGAUUGUCCCAUCUGCGGUCGGCCACAGGCAACCGAUGAGCGACUUUUCAACGAACAUAUUGACCUUUGUUUAUCUCGCCAGACGAUCCGUGAUGCAGUCCAUGCUGAUGGACCGUCAAUAUCGCGAGACCCAACACCUGAGGCGAAGAGGCCCCGGGUAGCAGAGAAGAGGAAGGGGCGUCCACGGGCUGUUGACCCGAAGCAGAAGCAGCUACAGUUUGGAUAA